CCAUCCGGGGUGGCUGCUGACUCCCACGCGCGGCGGAAGGGGGCUAGGCUAGGGGUAGGGCUCGUCGGCGCGAUUUGAAGAAGGAGGAGGCGAGAUCACUGCUGAAGCAAGCUCCGCAUCUUUUCAUUGCCGUCGGCGAAGAUAAUCCGCAUCUGAACUUCGUUAUUGCUUUCAACUUAUAUUCAGCUCUGAAUAGCGCCGUCUUUUCCAUCUGAACGCUCAUGGCUUUCCUCUUUCAGAAAUUUCAAGAGGCUGUAAAAACCCUUGCAAAAAGUCCUACUUUUGCUAGGGAUCCUAGACAUUUGCAAUUUGAAGCUGACAUCAAUCGCUUGUUGCUUUACACAAGCUACAAUCGGUUGGGGAAGAAUGCUGUUGAGGCCGAUGCAGAAGAAAUUAUUGAAAUGGCGAGCAAAGCUUCUGUUGCUGAUCAACAAGCGCAAGUGCAAGAAAAUGUUCAUUCUCAAAUUAAAGUUUUCUGCAAGUUCAUGGAUGAAAUUCUUCUUCCUAAUGAUAAGGUGAUGAGCGGCACUCUUGAGUCUUGUCAACAAGCAAGCGAUUUGCCCCGCCGAAGUGGGCUUGGUUUGGCUGUGGGUAGGAGUGCCCCACCUCCCAAUCAUCCUGCUAUCCCUCAGACAAAACCGUUAAGCCAAGCUGAAGUUUCUCAGAAGCUAAAGGAUCUUCUUGGCUACACACUUAAUGUUAAACCUUCAAAAAUAUUCCACAAAGAAGCUGGCCAAGGUCUAUUUUUGGAUGGGGAAGCUGAUGUUGGUGCAGUUGUAGCCUUAUAUCCUGGUGUAGUAUACUAUCCGGCUUAUUACCGGUAUAUUCCAGGAUACCCGAGGGUUGAUGUAGAGAACUCAUAUUUAAUUUCAAGAUAUGAUGGGGCCGUCAUCAAUGCCCAACCUUGGGGUUCUGGAGGUGACAAGCGAGAAACAUGGAGUGGCACAAAAAUUAGGGAAAUCCAGUGCGACAAGAAAGGAGUUGAGAAAGGUUCAGACCGGUUCUGGAAACUACUGAGUAAGCCUUUGGAAGGCACCGUAGGAGGCAAUACUGGUGAUGUGCUAGAGCGUAGAAACCCAUUAGCUUUUGCUCAUUUUGCUAACCACCCGGCUAAAGGGAUGCUACCAAAUGUGAUGAUCUGUCCUUAUGACUUCCCAUUGACCGAAAAUAACAUGAGGGCAUAUAUUCCAAACAUAUUAUUUGGAAAUGCAGAGGUAAAUAUGAGGAGAUUUGGCAGCUUUUGGUUUAAAUCUGGCAUGUCGAGAAGUAGCGAUUCAAAUGUUCCUAUUCUCAAAACCUUGGUUUUGGUGGCUACUCGGGCUCUUCAAGAUGAAGAGCUGCUCUUGAACUACAGACUGAGUAACUCUAAGCGAAGGCCAGAAUGGUAUGCUCCGGUGGAUGAAGAGGAGGACAGGAGAAGGUGGAGUUAAACUUAAACAUGCCUCUUCUGUUCUCCUGCCGGCUUUAUGAAGACACUAUUUUAACUGUUGUCUUGAAAGCUGCUGAGUUUCAUCCUUACAUGUUAAUCUCUUGUGAGAAAAUAAAGUGAGGUUUCCCUUCCCUUUUUCAGGAAGCUAGGGAUGAUGAAGUUUUGCUGAAUUAUUUUAUUUUAUUCCCCCUUAUAGACAUCAAAAUCCCAGUCAUUUGUUGACAUCCCGAGUUAUAAACUAGUUAAACUUAAAUCGAACAUGCUUAUUGAAGCUUGGACGGUUUUCUUAUGGCUAGUCCAGUCCAAAGCAGAAGUUGCUUCUAACUUUACUCAUUCAAGAUAUGAUGUCAAACAUUUUUCUAAUGUAUUGCUGGCUAUACGAAUUUGGCGUUCUUUUUUUU